AUGAGGAAGUCCAAGCCGCUUCAGAAUGCCGUAGCCUGCGGUCACCACCUGCACACCCCCAUGUUCUUCUUCCUGCUCAACCUGGCCCUCAGCGACCUGGGCUGCAUCUGCACCACUGUGCCCCUCUCCAUGUCCUCCCCAUCCCUGGAUCUGGCCCUUUCAGUUUUGUACUCUGUGGUGUCUCCAGCCCUGAACCCCCUCAUCUACAGCCUGAGGAACCAGGAGCUCAAGGCUGCAGUGUGGAGACUGGUGACAGGAAAAUUUCAGAAACGUUAA